GCACUCAGGACGCAAAAGGAACUGUACCACGUGAAGGAGCAGAGGCUGGCGCUAGCCCUUGAUGAAUAUGUGCGGUUAAAUGAUGCCUACAAAGAAAAGUCAAGCUCUCACACAAGCCGAUCUCACUAAGUUGUUUAAGCUGCCCUUGAACCUUGCCUUUAGCCCAAGAAGGACUUGAUGCUGCAAUCUUUCUGCCUCAGCCUCCCAUCUUACUGGUGUUACAGUCUUCUCAGGAUCUUCAUCUAGCACUAAAUAUGAUCCUGAUAUUUUAAAAGCUGAGAUCUCCACCACACGAUUAAGGCUGAAUUCUACUCCAUCAGAAAUCUGAGAAUGAUCAAAUAUCUAUACACAUAGAAAGCCUAACGCAGCUUCCAGAACCGAGACAGGUUGUAGAGACAAAUCUCCACUAGCACAGUCGCCUGUCAGCAGCAUGUGAGCACAAGUGUUCAGCCUUCUGACCCAGGAUCAGCUGACGGACCUUUGAAAUGCGGAAAUCUGGAAGGGCUGAUAGAUAAUUCUGGGUCAGCAAAGAUUAUCAGUCAACUAUUCUGCAAUGUGUCCCGUUGUGGACAGUGUUAGUCUGUGGUGAAAUAGGCAGUUUCUGCCCAGUGGCUGCCCAGCCACAAGGUAUAACCUCACCUGGAGGUGGCGAUGCUUAAUUUCUUCAUUAAAUCCACCAAAGGGGACUGUUAGGAGCAGAUAUGCUCAACAAAGAUAAAUAACAAUAGAUAUCAUAAUUUGUGGAUUUCUGACGUUAUUGAAAACCAUCUAUCUAUAUAAGGUAAUCUGGACUGUUGUCUGUUAACUAUUUUCAGUCAUUUCUGAGGAGAGUAACAAUGUUAAUUUUAAAUCAAUAAGAAAUUUAUAGCAGAGAAAAAUCUAAUCUUGUAUCAAAUAAAUUCUGUAUCAGUGUAAAAGAUCCUAACUUAAGCUUAGCAAUAAAUAUAAGGAUUUCUACCAGAAACACAUUUGUACCCUCUUUUCCCUCAAAAAAUCAGUGCCAGUCCUUGAAAAGGUAGAACAAUCAUAUCUUGGACUUAGUGAUAUUUUAUUUCUCUUUUUCUCGGAUGAUUUGACCUCUUAGUCCAAUUUUACGGGUGCUUACGGCAGGCUAAACAGCAGAUCACGUGAAUUCCUUCACUGGCAUUGUGUCGUGGGGGAUUCUCACCCUUCUCACCGUGAGUCUCGGCCUCUCCACUCUGGCUCCCACCUCCCUCCAUGCUUGGAGCAAUGGAGUUGAUGUCUCUGGGAAAGAAUGUAGUCUGAACAGCCGGUGUGGCUGGCGGAGACAUCCACUGUAAAUGGUCAGCCUUGAUAGCUCUAUAAAUAGAGCGCUGGCCUAGCAAACACAAGGCCCUGGGUUCGGUCCCCAGCUCCGGAAAAAAAAAAAAAAAGAAAAGAAAAGAAAAGAUAGUUCUAUAAAGCCUGGACAAACAGCCAGGCAGAACAGGAAAAAGAAUUUCAAGUAGACUGAAGGGAAUUAUUUUAGAUUAAGGCACUCUAUCGGGCCAAGGAAGUGAAUAUGCUUGAAAUACAUUGUGUGCUUGUUUGAAAUUAUAAAAGGAUAAGUAAACCUGUUUUUAAACCAUUUUUUUGAAACUGAGUCUCACCAUGUAGCACUGGCUGGCCUAGAACUCAUUAUAUGGACCAGGCUGGCCUUGACUUCAUAGAGAUCCCCCUGCUUCUGCCACCUAACCCUAGGAUCAAUCUAUCAUCCCACAUAGAUUAAAAUAUGUUCUUUAAUAGGAAAGAUUGCAUAUGUUUUGGUUCCCAGUAGUCUUUUGUCUGGUCUUACAUGUCAUCUGUGAUGUUUUUGCUCUCCUGGUACCCUUUCUAGUUUCAUGACAUAUAGUCCCCUACCUUCACAGGUGCUAGGUUCUGCAUAGGAGAGAGAGCGUAUCUGUCUUCACGAGCAUGCGCUCCCUCAGUACUGAUUCCAAAUCUGCCAGUUUUCCUGUGCAUUUCAUUUCUCCUUGUGACCAAAUACAGCCUUGUGUGCGUGUGCUGCAUCUUCAUCGGGCCUCUGCGGAUGCACGGCCAGGCUGCUUCUGUGUCCUUGCUGCUGUGCACCCUUCACUGAACGGACAGCUGGCUGUCAGGACUGACUCGAAAGUGAGAAAGAAUCAAAAAGAAGGGAAAAAACAUCAAAAAACACAAAAGAGGGCUGGAGAGAUGGCCCAGAGGUUAAGAGUACUGGUUGCUCUUCCAGAGGUCCUGAGUUCAAUUCCCAGCAACCACAUGGUGGCUCACAACCAUCUAUAGUGAGAGCUGGUGCCCUCUUCUGGCCUGCAGGUAUACAGGCCAAACACUGUCUACAUAAUAAAUCUUUUUUAAAAAAGCACAAAAGACAUGAAACUGUCACUUCCAAAAUAGCAAAUAUCAUAAGAAACUCACACUUAUUACAUCUAAAAUUUAAGAUGAAAUGAAAAAAUUUUAAAUUAUUGAUCAAAAUUGACUCAAACUAGGUGGAGUGGCAUAUGAUCUUAGGAAUCAGAAGCUGGUGAAUCUCUCUGAGUUGAAGGCCAGCUUGGUGUACGUAACAAGGUGCAGGCCAGAACUAUAUAGUGAGAUUCAGUCUAACAAACAAACAACACAAAGCAAGCCGCAUUAUACAAACGUUGGGAUUUCUGAGAAACAAGAUUAAACAAGUUCAAGUUUAACAGCGACUUGUAUAUGUGGAUUGGAUGAGAAUUCUAAAACUGUAUAUGUCAGGAAUAUAAGCCUAGAUGCCAAAAUCCUAAAGUAAUCACAGCCACAUUUAAAAAUACUGUAUUAUGACCAACUUGGGCUUCUUCCUAGGAAUACAAUCCGAAUAUGAUUUAAAAUGUAACAUAGCAAUGGGAAGAACCUCUCCAGUAGACAAGGUGGAGCUUCUACUCGUGUCUUUAAAACUGUGCGUGCGUGCGUGCGUGCGUGCGUGCGUGCGUGCGUGCGUGCGUGCGUGCGUGCGUGCGUGCGUGUCAGAGGACACCUUGUGGAGCCCACUCACUCUCACUUGUGUGUGGGUUCCAGGAAUUGUCAGACGUGUACAGGAAGCACUCUUACCUCCUAACAGCCGUCUUUACUCUAUCUUAAGUGUUCAAACCGAGUAGCCCUACUGAAUAGAGUAUGAGUAACAAAGAAGACUUGGUCUCAGGUUCCAGCCAGGUAUUCAGGGUGGGUGCCACUCAGAAGGUGACAUUUACCAGAUUUGCAAGGGUAGUGAGGAAGCUAGUCUGGUGGGAGGAGCUAGCGUAAGGUUCUGAUGUUGGAAAGUGCAAGGUGUUCUGGGUACAGUACAGUAUCAGAUGUCGCCUAUGCAGGUAUCACUGGGAAUAAGUGCGGAGAAGAGCUGGCUUAUGAGUCAGCAGAGAAGUAAAGACAGCACACAAGCCCUGCAGAACACUGUGAGGAUCUUGGGAUUUAAUUUGAAAUGAGAGUUUGUCCAAGUAUUUUUGGCUACUUAAUCAGUUUGUAGUGAAACUAUGGUUUUCAGUCUUCUCCUGUUGGAAAGUAAUCAAUUAUUUAUAUAUUCCAUUUUUAAAAUUUUUCUUGUUAUAUUUUUUAAUUUAAUGGCUUUCUUAAGUAACAUUUUAUUCAUUUAAAAUAACACAGAUUAAAAAUUUUGCAGCCAUCAAAUGGACAGAUGGUGGGUUUCAGACUAUGUAGAGCCCCUUAUUACUAGAAUCUAAUUGUAGAGCACUUGAACCUCUAAAAACAAACCUGUCCCCAUUAACAGUGUCUCCUCAUUCCACACAGCUCUCUUCUCCAGCCACUCAAAUGGCAGACUGUAGCCACCAUUUUUCCUGCAUCCCUAGAUUUGUGUGUUGUGACUGUAUCACACAAAUGUCAAUAUGGUGGCUUAAAUCAGAUUGGCCCCCCAUAGGAUCAUAUAUUAGUCAUUCAGGAGUGGAGUGGCACUAUUUGAGAAGGAUUAGGAGGUGUGGCCUUGUUGGAGGCAGUGUGUCAUGGUGGGUUAAUGGCCUUUGAGGUUUCAAAAGCCCAUGCUGAGCCUAGUUCUUUCUCUGCUGCUCUAAUCUACAUGCUGCCUUCAUGCCACCAUGCUUCCUGCCCUGACUACAAUGGAGAAACCUCUGAAACUGUUAGCAAGGUCCCACUUUCAAGGUUUCUUUAGUAAGAGUCGCCGUGGUCAUGGUGUCUCCUCACAGCAGUAGUGCACUGACUGAGACGGUCAGCUGUAACACCCGGCCUCCUUUGGUCGGCUUCUUGGUUGCACUGAUGUUUCAAAGGCCCCUUCUGUGUGGCAGCACACAGGGAUGCAGCAGCCCUUUCUAGUAUGGAGGAACAGACUGUAUGUUUCCUUCCGUCAGACGGUAGGUGACUGCAUCUGUGAGGCUGUGGACAUGCAUGUACACAUGUUUGAGAGGAUACGUUUCCAUUUCUCUAGAUAAUUGCUUGUUAUUGUUGGGCCAUGUGAUAACUUGCUGGUUUGUUUUUACGUGUUUGUAAAGAACGUUUACAUAGCUCUAUAUUGUUUUUAUUUUCAGACAACAAAUUUCCUAGAUGUUCUUAGGAUUUUUUUCACAUAGGCUCUAUAAAAAUUUUUAUUGGAGUAUCAAUUUUUUUUAACCAUCUUAUUUCAUAAGGCAAAAAAUCCUUUAAUUAGUCAUCAUAAAUGGUUCUAGCAGCUUCUGGGGUUCUGUUUUCCUCUGUGUUUUUAAAGUUUAAAAACGGUGUUCUUGGUCCUCUUGUUAUCUGGAGUUGAUGAGAUGGUGCAGAUUGGGAGCGGAGUAGGAGUAGAAGUCGAGAGAUUUCCAGGAGCAGCAGGGCAACAGUUGCCCUUUCUUGUCUUAUAGAGAAGCUUCCUGUGAGACAGUGGAGUGACCGUGAAAGGGAGGGUGCUCAUUAGUAAAAUACCACUUUGCUCAUUAUAGCUUUAAUGCUGUUGGGUUCACCUCAGGGGCAAGACUGGGAAACCUGCCUGUCUCCUGCUGAUCUUUCAGAGGCCUCCGGGUUUCGGAUUUACCUCUCCUUCUCAUCAUCCUCUUCAGUCUCCUGCUUUUAAAUUAAAAUGGUGCUCCAGGACUGUGCCAAGUGGGAGGAACAGCUGUGGGUUCCAGCCAUAAACACUAGAUCACGGCAUCUUCUAGUUUUCAGAAAUAACUUGGAAGUCAAUUUAAAAUGUCAGUUAUGUUAAGUUAGUCAGUAGAGAAAGCAGGAAAUGUGCAAAGGUCGUGAAUUUCUUGCCUCUGACUUCGCACUCUGGGUUGUGCGUUUGAUUCGGAGGAAACUGAUGGAUAAAAAACUGGGAAGCUUCUUCUCUGCCAACUCUGCGCUGGGGGCUGUGCAUGUCGUCAAGUCUGACCAAGGAAUAUGGACACUUCUAAGUCAGAAGAAAAGGCCACAGGUUUCACGUAGUCCCAGUUUGCUAUAACUCUAACUGUAGCUCUAAAACUUCUCCUGGGUCCCACCCUGCUCUCUGUUAGGCUCCCCACUGUUUUCUCUGCAGGUCCACACUCCUCACAUACAUUAUAAGCAUUAGAUGUCGCCAUCACACAUAAUUGGGAGAACUGAAGAUGGGAGUGGUUGGCAUGAUGACCAGAAUAGAAGAACUAUCCGUUACUGCCUCUGUGGAGAGAGUGCGCUCCAGCGUGUGCUCCAGCGUGCGCUCAGCAUGCAGACCAGCACUGGCCUGACCCUCCGGCUGGGUGGCUUGGAGUGGAGCACAACAGUAACACGCUCUCCCAUAGCUGGUGAGGAAAGGAGAGGCACAAAACUGAAGGACAAUUAGAGUGUCUGCCUGGAACCCAGGUCCAUUCUCGUUAGUCAAUAUAAUGGGAGUGAAUUGUUUCACAAUUAAGAAACAAAAUCCAUUUGACUUUAAAAUCAAUACUUGGGAAGUAAGAGCCAUUCAGGUAAUGUACCAGACUCUGUAAGCUAGGAGGCAUUGUGCUUAGCCAGUGUUAGGUAAAUUGAAUAACGUGAAGCUGAGGCAGCUCAGGUUAGCCUCCUAUGUCAUUGCUCCAUACACGAUACAAGUCAGAGGUCAGGGUGCUCAGGAUUAAAUUUAGAUUUUUCAAUUUUUAGCUUUUAUUGUGUGUGAUAGAGACCUUUAACAUGAGCUCUAACACAUGUUGAGUGUACAGUGCUGAAUCGCUAACCAUAGGGGCCCUGUUGCACAGUGGAACGUGUUACCUUGUAUGAAUGAAAGCUUAUUGCCCACUGAACAGCGCUGUCCAUGCCCUUCCUUCCCUGGACGCCAUUCUCCCUCCUGUGGGUCUACUUACAUAGCUUGUACAAGUAGAAUCGUGCACUGUUUAUUCUUCUGUGAGUGGCUUCUUUAUCUACUGUGGUGUCCUCAGGGCCUAUCCGUGUUGACAUACUUCAGCAUCUUCUGAUUUUUUGUGGACCUGAAUGCUGUCAUUGUAGGGACACACCAUAUUUCCUCUGUGUGUUUGUCGGUGGCCGUUUGCUGUCUUCACCUCUUGGUCACUAGCAUAUGUGAAGCUUGCUAGUAUCUCUGAGACACCGAGAAUCUGAGACAUUUAAAUUGACCUGUCAUUCUAUCCUCAGUGACUCCUACUUAGGGCGCCACUUUCUGUCAGUGUGUGACACUAGUUGGCUUAAUUCAGCAGCUCUACAUGGGCCCAAUAAGAUUCUACCACCGCUCUUUUCAAAAGUAAAGACGGGUCUCAACCCAUCUCUUUGAGUUGCUAUUGACUUCUUGAUGUAUUUUGCUUUGUUUUGUUUUAAAUAGAAGGGUUAUUGUCUUUUUAACAAAACAUAGACACAAGCUUUGGAUUCCUGUACCCGGGGAAUGAGCGGUUGAUUACUCCUGGCUCCAUUGGCAUGUGAAUGGCUGAUGUCUGCCCCAGGAUCUGAGGAUGUCUGUCAGUCUCUGCUCUUCACCACUGCUUCCAUUGCACAGUGUCCAUCUCCGCCUCCGUCAGGCCCCCCAGCCAUCUUUCUUCUAAUAGCACUGAGCUUACUUCUAGAAAUGUAAUUACUUGUAUUAUUUGCCAUGACAAAAUAUAAGUGGGCACAAAUGAAACGACAGAUUGAACUCUAAGGUGCAAGUUACUGAACUUUAAUCUACUUUAAUCCAAAUGCUGUGCUUUACACAGAAAGACAUGACUCACACAGUGCUGGCCUUCUCUUCUGACCUCUCUCACACACUCAUGACGCCCGCUCCACUCUGCCCUCAACUCUUUCUGUUUCUCUUGUCUCUUCUCUGGGGUUCCUGGAUAAUGAAGGUAUUUGAGGUGUUUACUGUUGAGGUGAGCUCAUAUAUUCUCAUAUUUGUAUCGUGCAUGUCUCCAAGUCUGCUUUCUUUCUCUAAUCUAACCCUGCUUGAAUGUCAAGUCCUCAUGUUCCACUCGACCACAGCAUCUCCUAGAUUGAGCCUGCUCUUUGGGAAGGAAGUUUCCUCCUCGGGGAUACCAAGCCAGGUACUUGAAAGACCUCUCCAUGCCCACCCCUGCCUCCCCAAGCACACGGACUCUCUCACUGAGUCCUAUGAGCUAAUGCCUCGCCCGAGCUCUGCUCUCUGGAGCAGUUGCCCUCAUCCUGGCACACACAGGAAGCAGGCACCCCAGUCCCACUGGCCCACCAGGGCGGUCAUCACUGUGAUUCUCCGUCAUCACAGAGCAGGGCUUGCUGUAAAUCCCUCCAUGAUUCCUGCAUGAGUGUGCUUUGCACGCAGUGUUGGAGCACUAGACAUAACCAAACCAAAAUGGGGAAGGAAAGAUUUAUUUACCUUCUACUUCUGUGGCUCACUCCAUCACUGAGGGAAGUCAGGGCGGAAACUGAAGCAGGAACUGAAGCAGAGGCCUCAGAGGAACACUUCUGACUGCCCACUCCCUGCCCUCAUCCUACCCUCUUUCCGGUACCACUCAGGAACACCUUCCCAGGGUUGUACUGCCCAUGCCAAUGUCGUCACUCGAGAAAAUACAGCACAGACUUGCCUAUCGGCCAUCUAAUGGGGGCCUUUUCUCGAUUAAGAGUCGUUUUCCAGAUAGUUUGUGUCACGCUCACACGCACACACACACGUACGGAGAGUUCUCAUUACUCUUAACAUAAGGUAUUAAUCUUCAACAUGACUUUAAGACUACAUCUCUGACCUUUUGUAGCCCCGGCUUCCCCUGCUUGUGACCCAGCAACAGAAGCAUUCUUUACUCCUGAGGACCAAGUGGCUUCAUGACCUGGCACUUGCCUCACCCUGAGCCCCUUCCCUUCUGCCGGGUUAAAAAGCUGAAAAGAGAACUCUCCCAAAUGAAGCAGGAACUUCUCUAUAAGCAACAAGGCUUUGAAACGCUGCAACAAAUUGAUGAAAAGAUGUCUGGAGGUCAGAGUGGAUAUGAACUUAGUGAAGCCAAAGCCAUCCUGACGGAACUGAAAUCUAUCAGAAAAGCAAUCAGCUCAGGAGAAAAGGAAAAGCAAGAUCUGAUGCAGAGUCUGGCUAAACUGCAGGAGCGAUUUCAUUUGGAUCAGAACAUGGGCAGUUCCGAGCCGGAUCUGAGAUGUAGUCCUGUGAAUUCUCACCUCUCUCUGUCCAGACAGACCCUUGAUGCUGGGUCACAGACAAGCAUUUCUGGAGAUAUUGGGGUGCGAAGCAGAUCAAAUUUAGCUGAGAAGGUCAGACUGAGUCUCCAGUAUGAAGAAGCCAAAAGAAGCAUGGCUAACUUGAAAAUUGAACUGUCAAAGUUGGAUGGUGAGGCCUGGCCUGGGGCUCUGGAUGUGGAGAAGGAGAAGUUGAUGCUGAUUAAUGAAAAAGAAGAGCUUCUGAAGGAGCUGCAGUUCAUCACACCCCAGAAACGCACACAAGACGAGCUGGAGCGCCUGGAAGCAGAACGCCAGCGCCUGGAGGAGGAGCUGGUGGCUGCUCGGGGCUUGCCGAGCAGGGCGCUGGCUGAGAGAUUGAAAUUGGAAGAGAAAAGAAAAGAGCUGCUACAGAAACUUGAAGAAACUACUAAAUUAACUACUUACCUGUAUUCACAACUUAAAAGCCUCUCGUCCAGCACACUGUCCAUGUCAUCUGGGAGCAGUCUGGGGUCGCUGGCCUCCAGCCGGGGCUCUCUGAACACCUCCAGCAGAGGCUCACUCAACUCCCUCAGUUCCAGUGACCUCUAUUACAGCAGCCAGGGCGACCAGAUGGACACAGAUUAUCAGUACAAACUGGACUUCCUUCUUCAAGAGAAGGGUGGCUACAUUCCUUCCGGACCUAUCACCACCAUCCACGAAAAUGAGGUGGUCAAGUCCCCCAGCCAGCCCGGCCAGAGUGGGCUCUGUGGGUUGGGAGUUGCAGCCACCAGCCAUACUCCCCCACUGACGGAGGCCUCUAAGUCGGUGACGUCCCUUUCCUCCAGGUCCUCUCUCUCCUCCUUGUCUCCUCCUGGCUCUCCUCUGGUCUUGGACAGCACAUUUCCAGGGUCUUCUCAUGACACCUCUCCGCACCAGUUCACUGCUGACUUGGAAGACUGUGAGUUGAGUCGCCACUUUGCUGACAUUGGCCUCGGUGAGAAUCAGGUCUUGCUGGACUCAGACUCGGGAGGACCAUCUCAGUCUCUCCUUGAGGAUAAAGACCUUGAUGAAUGCACUGGAGGGCUGCUGUAUGAAGGAUCAGCAGAUGUGGAAAAGUCGUUACCCAAAAGAAGAGGACUUCAUCUUCGAGGAGACAAGACUGCUCGUGUGUCCGCAGCGGCCUCUGAUGAGUCUGUGGCUGGAGACAGUGGGGUCUACGAAGCUUCUGUGAAGCAGCCUGGCGAGAUUGAAGACAUUCCCUACAGGGAAGAGGAUGUCACCAUUGUGGAGACUGCACAGGUGCAGAUAGGACUCAGAUACGAUACAAAGAGUUCAAGUUUCAUGGUGAUUAUAGCACAACUCCGAAACCUGCAUGCCUUCUCGAUACCUCAUUCUUCAAAGGUGUAUUUUAGGGUCGCCGUGCUUCCCUCCUCGGCAGAUGUCAGCUGUCUGUUCCGCACAAAAGUUCAUCCGCCCACGGAAUCUGUGCUGUACAACGAUGUGUUCAGGGUGGCCAUUUCUCAGGUGGUCCUUCAGCAGAAGACGCUGAGAGUCGAUCUCUGCUCUGUCAGUAAACGCCGCAGGGAGGAAUGCCUGGCUGGGACGCAGAUCAGCUUGGCGGAUUUACCAUUUUCCAAUGAGAUUUUCAUGCUGUGGUAUAAUUUGCUUCCUUCCAAGCAAAUACCUUGCAAGAAGAAGGAAGAAGGAGGCGGGCAGCCUGGUGCUCAGUCACCGCAGCCCGCACUUGACUCUGCAGACUUGGACGCUGUGUCAGCCUUACUCGCGAGAACUUCAGCUGAGCUGUUGGCUGUGGAGCAAGAACUGGCCCAAGAGGAGGAGGAGGAGGAAGAGGAGGAACUGAGGCCAGAGCAUCGGGGUCCAGGGGAAGAUUGUUUAACGAUGCUAAGAGAGGCCUCUGCCGAAACUGUGGCUGCGAAAGAGUCUGGGGUUCACUUGGCAGAGGGCGGUCACUGCCCAGAAGACCCGAGUCCAUGCACUAGGGGGCCUGGGACAAGCAGAGACCAGUGUCGGAAGGAGAAGGGGCGCACUGAAGACCCCGGCCAGCCAGCAACUGCGGUUCCCACCCUGGUGGAUAAGGAGACGAAUACAGAUGAAGCAGUUGACAGCAACAUUGCAGUUCGCCCAAAAGACCGCAGCAGCCUGAGCUCUCAGCACCAUCCGUUUGUGAGAAGCAGCGUGAUCGUGCGUUCACAAACCUUUUCCCCAGGCGAGAGGAGCCAGUACAUCUGCAGGUUAAAUCGCAGUGACAGUGACAGCUCAACCUUGGCCAAAAAGUCCUUGUUUGUGAGAAACUCCACUGAGCGACGCAGUUUGCGUGUCAAAAGGGCAGUCUGCCAGCCCACCCUCAGGAGGACUGCUCAGGAGUGCCCUGUGCGCACAUCUCUUGACCUGGAGCUGGACCUGCAGGCCUCCCUGACCCGCCAGAGUCGCCUCAACGACGAGCUGCAGGCCCUGCGAGGCCUACAGCAGAAGCUGGAGGAGCUGAAAGCCCAGGGAGAGACCGACCUGCCCCCAGGCAUGCUGGGGGACGAGAGAUUCCAGAAGCUUCUGAAGCAAGCAGAGAAGCAGGCUGAGCAGACAAAAGAGGAGCAGAAGCAAGACUUGAACGCAGAGAGGUUGAUGAGACAGGUCUCCAAGGAUGUGUGCCGGCUGCGGGAGCAGAGCCAGAAGGAGCCUCGACAGGUGCAGUCCUUCAGGGAGAAGAUUGCCUACUUCACACGAGCAAAGAUCAGCAUCCCGUCCCUGCCGGCUGAUGACGUGUGACCCUGUGACUGAACACCGCUUCUCAGCUGCUUACUUUCCAAGGGACGGUCAAAGACUGACUAUUCCCGUUUUUGUUGUUUUUUAUUUUUUUUGUUGGGGUUAGGGCUUGUGUUUCCUGUAACAUAACUGUCAACCCUUGAAGAGCUUCCAUUUCACAUCCGUUUCAUCAGGUUAAUUUGUAAAUUACUUUGAAUGUAACUCUUACGUGCUUUGAGAAGAAAAAAAAUCACCUAACAAAAAUGGGGUCAUCUGGUCCACAAAUGUCGUACAGUAUGUGUUAGCACUGGGCUUCACUGUAGAUGGAACACAGGUAGCAGGUGUCCAGUGUCUGCCCGCUGAGCCGACUGGGCCGGCAGCUGUCCAGCAGCCCCUGAAGCUUUCGCCACAGUGUGCCCUGAACUAGAGAGCCACUCACUCCAUCGACUCACUCCAUCGAAGUGCACUCAAGCGAGCUUCUGCGUCUGAGGCUGAGGGCGGGCAUAUGAGAAUCGGGGGUGAGCUCCUGCUGUAGAGAGCUGCAGUCGGGGGGCAGGGGAGGGCAUCUUUCAAAAACACUGAGGAAACUCAGCCAAUCCAUCACAGGCUGAAUCUGCCUGGCUUCAUGUCAGUGUCUGGCCUGCCAGGGAGAUCGUGGUGGCCCUGGCCUCUGACAGUGCAGGCAGUGCAGAGGGGACAGCAUUGAGGAGAGCUGAGGACAGGGCGCAUCGUGAUGAGAUCAAACUUGCCAGAGUUUGUCAUCGGGUUCGUACACUCCCUAGAAAUUAUUUUGUAGCUGUUGUCCUCAGGGGAUUCUGUCAGCAAUGCAGAAACAGAGUGUGGCUGAGGGCACUUGUAGUCAGUGUGGACUGGAUCAUUUAAAAUAUAUAUAUAUUCUGGAUGGACACGCAAGCUUGACAUAGGAAUUGGUCAAAGUGCCGUGUUCUCCAGGCUGGGUUUAACUUCCCAGACCCCGGGCACUUGUUUAAAAAAACAAAAACAACAAAACUCAGUAUAGUUUAGCCAGCAUAAACAUGUUAAAAUAAAUACUUUUUUAGGUAAUUUAAUUACUCAUUCCAUCAUACUGGAAGAAGCCGUGUUUUGGUGAGCCAUCUUAUAUAGCAAGCUAAAUUAUUUUUAUUUUUUUAGUGCAAAAUAAUUUUUAUAGGAAUUAAUAGAAGAAAGGCAAGAAAAAAUUUUGUUUAAAAAAAGCUAUGUUCUGCUGGAAUCCCCACUGGUAAGGAUUUUUAUCUUCUUGAAUCGAUGUAUAUUUUAGAAAGUUCAUUUUUAUCAGAAUCAAAGUUCGUUCCUACUCAGCUAGGAUUUCAGCUAUCAAGUUACUGCACCUAACACACAGUCAUUUCCCUCUAAAUGUUCCACAGCUUAGAGGAUGUAACUGGACAGGACCCCACUUGGAACAAAAAGAAGCCUGGUGGGGCCCUGAGGGCAGACUCCUGUGCUGACCACUUUGCCCUGUAGGCGAACGGAGGAAGGGGCGUGCCGUCCUUCCUGGUCAAGCUUAAAUUGAGCACAGAAGUUGACUUAAUACAGCUCUAGAUGAAGGUCACCUGUCUUCAGCGUCAUAGUUUGACCCAUGAAAAUGUUCAUAGAACUUUGUGUAGUUGUACCGUAUGAUUUUAUUUUUCUUCAAUUAUUUAUUUACGGUCUUAUUUAUGUUCUCUUUAAUAUAUAGUUUGGUUCUGGCCAUCUUAAAUGUCGGACUUACAAGAGGCUAUAUUGGAGUAUUUACAACUCUAUGAUCUUCAUCAAAUUUAUCACUAACUUUUUGUAAUACAAAAAGUUUCAGAUGAGUAUUAAAGAAUAAACUGUGUCUCAGGCUGGUAGUUCAGAGUUGUGACUGAGGGACUUUGGUUUUAUUUUAUAAAACAUGCUCAUUUCUAACAUGAGAGAAGCUAUUCAUUCUGAUAGAAUCCUUUCCCACACUCUAAAAGUCGGCAGUAGUGUUGUGUACUUACAGGCAGCUUUUUGUAGGUCUGUCACAUUUGUAUUGACCCAAAUGAUUAAAGGAAAAAACAUUUUACUAACUUGAUCACAAAACCAUAUGGAAAAUAAAAAUUUUAAUAUUAUUAAAAAUAUUUUUAAACUUAGAAUUUAUUCUGCACAGGGUAAAAAAAGAGUUUAAUAUUUAGCUCUCAAUUUUGGAUUAUCAGUAUAUUACAGUUUUGUAUAUCAGACUCAAGUGUUACAGGUACAGAAAGAAUAUUAACUUGCCAAAUGAACGAAGUUUAGCUGAGUCUCUGUAGUAUACAAAGUAAAUACAUUUAAACUUUCUUUGCUGUGUAUUUAUGUUGUAUUAAAUAUGAGAAGCUCAGGACUGAACUAAAUAUUUAAUCAGGUUAAAUUCUGAAUAUGUUUCUGCUUUCCUUUGUCCUGUUUGUAAAAGUGUGCAAAUAUAUCACCCGGAUUAACUCCCACUGCUGCCCUUGCCCUGUGUCUGUGGAUGGAAAACACUCAGUGAUUUCUUUUUUCUAAAACAGAAUACGUGUUUCCUGACACUGCAUUUUAGUGUUGCUUAUUGUUCAGCUAAUUUCCCUGAUUGGCACAAAUACAAGAAUCUACUUGAACCAUG